GUACGUCACAGUUUCCGAAGAAGUGACGUGUGCAUGACAUUGUUUGCAAUUCCGCAAAUUACAUGUCUGGUGAUUUUCAAAAUAGUCAGUUGUGAAAUACUAUCAAGGAAUAUAACCGGCGUAUUUACAGUUGAUUUUAUAUUUUGUGGCAACAAACGUUAAUUGAAAAAUGUCUUUUACAUCGCCCAUGCCUAGUCGUGAGUUUCUCUGGGAUGUUUUUCAAAGAGUGGACAAAGACAGAUCUGGCGCAAUUACUGCGGAUGAAUUACAACAGGCUCUUUCAAAUGGAACCUGGACACCUUUUAAUCCAGAAACUGUUCGUUUGAUGAUUGGUAUGUUUGACAUUGACAAAAAUGAUCCUGCUUCCCCAGGUAUGUUUGAUAAAAAUCAAAAAGGAACUGUCAGUUUUGAGGAGUUUGGGGCUCUGUGGAAAUAUGUAACCGAUUGGCAAAAUUGCUUCCGGUCGUUUGAUCGGGAUAACAGUGGAAAUAUAGAUCGGAAUGAAUUGAAAACAGCACUUAUCAAUUUUGGAUAUCGACUAUCAGACCAAAUUAUAGAUACACUGAUACGUAAAUAUGAUCGUGCUGGCCGUGGAACUAUAUACUUUGAUGAUUUCAUACAAUGUUGCAUAGUUUUAUAUACACUAACUGCUGCUUUUAGACAAUUAGACACAGACCUGGAUGGUGUCAUUACAAUUCACUAUGAACAGUUCCUGGGAAUGGUAUUUAAUCUUAAAAUAUAAAACGUUUUUGUGUUUUGCUAGAAUUACUCUUGUCUAUCUUGGAGCUACAUUCUUUCUACCAAGAAAGUUAUAUGAAUUUUGUGAUGCCAACACUAAAUUUAAGAUCUUAUGCAUCUGUUUUCCAUGUACGUAUAAACUGUCUAGUAAUGUAAUUACAAAAACUCAAUCAAAUCUAAUAAUGGACAGUGAUAUCUCCCAUGUAUGAAGAUAUAAUAUAAUACGUUCAUAAGACAUUCCGUAAAGGCUUACGCAAAUAGCCAAGCUUAGGCAUGAUCUUUGUAUGAUUAUUUUGCCUUUAUACUCGAUUAUAGUUCAAAACAAAUAAGAUUAAUACAUGUUGCUUAAUUACUUAUUAGAAUGUUUACAAAGGAGCAAAUAUUUAAUCUAUAUGAUAUUAAAAAUAUAAACAUAUUUCGAUUAAAAAAUAAUUGAGUCCUUUUAUAAGUGAACAAUUUUUCAUAAAAUACGUUCUACUAUAUAGUCUACCACAUCUAUUAUACAAUAUACACUAAGUUCAUAAUUUUGUAUACUUUGUACAAUGAAAAAAAAAAACAUGUCAAUUAUAAGUACAUUGAAACUGAUACUACUCCUAUUUAAGUAUUCUUUAGUGGUUAUAUAAAUAUUGUAUACAUACUGUAUCUUCUAACUACAGUACAUCACUUAAAAAUAUAUUUACCGCUUGAGUGGUGGAGGUGGACACGAGAACUAUGUGAAUAGUGCCAAACGAGUGCUGCAAUAGGCCUACUUUUAAUUACAUGGAAAAUAGCGAAUAAAUUUAACUGUACAACCGUCUCGCAUCAGCUAUUUUCAAAUUUAAAGAGUCCAGAAUAAUGAAACAGAAGAAAUGUAAUCAAUGAACGCAGUUGCGUUUUUUCCAUUCAACGGUUAAAUAGUCCAUAAAUACAAUUAUACGCGUUCCUUUAAUUUGUGUACAAAAUUAUCUCUGUACUUUUCUAUUAUUAUUGAAUUGGUGAAAAUAAAUGAGCAUUUGCUUUAAAUG